AUGGCGGACGAGGCGGCGCUCGCCCUUCAGCCCGGCAGCUCUCCCUCGGCGGCGGCGGCGGCUGAGAGGGAGGCCGCGUCGCCGCCCGCCGGAGAGCCGCUCCGCAAGAGGCCGCGAAGAGACGGCCUCAGCCUCGGGCGGAGCCCAGGCGAGCCCAGCGGGGCGGCCCCCGAGUGUGAGGUGCCGGCGGCGGCUGGGGGUUCCCCAGCAGUGCCGCUGUCGGGCGAGGAGCGAGAGGCCCAGGCGGCGGCCGCGGCAAUCGGAGAAGACAAUGGGCUGGGCCUGCAGGGCCUAUCCCGGCAGCCGCCACCGGUCGACGACUUCGACGACGACGACGACGACGGCGAGGAGGAGGAAGAGGCAGCGGCAGCGGCGAUUGGGUACCGAGAUAACCUUUUGUUCAGUGAUGAAAUUAUCACCAAUGGCUUUCAUUCCUGUGAAAGUGAUGAGGAUGAUAGAGCCUCACAUGCAAGCUCCAGUGACUGGACUCCAAGGCCACGGAUAGGUCCAUAUACUUUUGUUCAGCAACACCUCAUGAUUGGAACAGACCCUCGAACAAUUCUUAAAGAUUUACUACCGGAAACAAUUCCUCCACCUGAAUUGGAUGAUAUGACACUGUGGCAGAUUGUUAUUAAUAUCCUUUCAGAACCACCAAAAAGGAAAAAAAGAAAAGAUAUUAAUACAAUUGAAGAUGCUGUGAAGUUGCUACAAGAAUGCAAAAAAAUAAUAGUUCUUACUGGAGCUGGGGUAUCUGUUUCCUGUGGAAUACCUGACUUCAGGUCAAGAGAUGGCAUUUAUGCACGCCUUGCAGUAGAUUUCCCAGACCUUCCAGAUCCUCAAGCGAUGUUUGAUAUUGAAUAUUUCAGAAAGGAUCCAAGACCAUUCUUCAAAUUUGCAAAGGAAAUAUAUCCUGGACAAUUCCAACCAUCUCUCUGUCACAAAUUUAUAGCCUUGUCAGAUAAGGAAGGAAAACUACUUCGCAACUAUACUCAGAAUAUAGAUACACUGGAGCAGGUUGCGGGAAUCCAAAGGAUAAUUCAGUGCCAUGGUUCCUUUGCAACAGCAUCUUGCCUGAUUUGUAAAUACAAAGUUGACUGUGAAGCUGUACGUGGAGAUAUUUUUAAUCAGGUGGUUCCUCGAUGUCCUAGGUGCCCAGCUGAUGAAUCACUUGCUAUCAUGAAACCAGAGAUUGUGUUUUUUGGUGAGAAUUUACCAGAACAGUUUCAUAGAGCCAUGAAAUAUGACAAAGAUGAAGUUGAUCUCCUCAUUGUUAUUGGGUCUUCCCUGAAAGUAAGACCAGUAGCACUAAUUCCAAGUUCCAUACCCCAUGAUGUGCCUCAGAUAUUAAUUAAUAGAGAACCUUUGCCUCAUCUGCACUUUGAUGUAGAACUUCUUGGAGACUGUGAUGUCAUCAUUAAUGAAUUGUGUCAUAGGCUAGGUGGUGAAUAUGCCAAACUUUGCUGCAACCCUGUAAAGCUUUCAGAAAUUACUGAAAAACCUCCACGAACACAAAAAGAGUUGGCUCAUUUGUCAGAGUUGCCACCCACCCCUCUUAAUAUUUCAGAAGACUCAAGUUCACCAGAAAGAACUUCACCACCAGAUUCUGCAAUGAUUGUCACACUUAUAGAUCAAGCAACUAAGAGUAAUAUUGGCGAUUCAGAUGUGUCUGAAUCUAAAGGGUAUAUGGAAGAAAAAUCUCAAGAAGGACAGAUUUCUACUAGGAACACUGAAAGUAUUACUGAACAAUUAGAGAGUCCGGAUUUGAAGAACGUUGGCUCCAGUACUGGAGACAACAAUGAAAGAACUUCAGUUGCUGAACCAGUGAGAAAGUGUUGGCCCAUUAGACUUGCAAAGGAGCAGAUUAGUAAGCGGCUUGAUGGUAAUCAGUAUCUGUUUGUACCACCAAAUCGUUAUAUUUUCCAUGGCGCUGAGGUAUACUCAGAUUCUGAAGAUGACGUCUUAUCCUCUAGUUCUUGUGGCAGUAACAGUGAUAGUGGAACAUGCCACAGUCCAAGUUUAGAAGAACCCAUGGAGGAUGAAAGUGAGAUUGAAGAAUUCUACAAUGGAUUGGAAGAUGAUACUGAUGUUCCUGAGGAAGCUGGAGGAACUGGAUUUGGGGCUGAUGGAGGUGAUCAAGAGGCAGUUAAUGAAGCUUUAUCUGUGAAACAGGAAGCAGCAGACAUUAACUAUCUAUCAAACAAAUCAUAAUGUAAUAAUAAUCUAGGUACAAGAAUUGUUCCACCAGCAUUAGGAACUUUAGCAUGUCAAAAAUGAAUGUUUACUUGUGAACUCAAUAGAGCAAGGAAACCAGAAAGGUGUAAUAUUUAUAGACUGGUGAAAUAGAUUGUUUUUUCAUGGGUGAUUUUUAACUUCAUUAUUUCUGUACUUGUACACUCAACACUAACCUUUUGUUUUUUAAAGAAAGGUACUAAGUAUCUUUAAUCAGCUCUUGGUCAAGACUUUUACUUUCUUUUAAAGGUUCAUUUGUAUGAUACAUCCAUAUGUAUAUAUAAUUUUGUUGUUGCCUAGUGAAUUUCAACAUUUUAAAGUUUUCAAAAAGCCAUUGGAAUGUUAUUUAAUGUAAAGGGAACAGCUUAUCUAGACCAAAGAAUGGUAUUUUCACUUUUCUUUGUAACAUUGGUUUGACAUCCUCAAAUCUCUGUUCUGUUAAACUUUCGAUUCUUUAGCACAAUUACCUAUUUUUAAACACUGGCAUUUUCCAAAACUUGUGGCAGCUAACUUUUUAAAAAUCUCAAAUAACAUGCAAUGUAAGUCGAAGGAAGCCAACAAUAUGUAGGAGAGCACUUAGUUGUCUUUGCUUUUUUUUAAAGUUAAGGCUUGGUGCUUUCAGGAAUACUGUUACUAUUUAAAUGAGGGUGGCUUUUGUACUUCCUGUAGACAUGUAGUUAAUGUCGGUAUUGGCUCAUAAAACUAACCUGAAAAACAAAAAACUGCUUUGGAAAUGUUUAAAUUGCUUUAGAAACAAUAGUGCCUGCCUGGAUCCCUUUAGUUUUGAGAAUACUUGCCAUUGUUGUUUAAAUAUGUCACUGUGGUAGAGCUUGCAUUGGUCCUUUUCCACAAGUAUUAAACUGCCAAGAUGUGAAUAUGCAAAGCCUUUCUGCAUUUAUAAUAAUGGUACUUCUACUGGGGAGAGUGUAAUAUUUUGGACUGUUUUUCUUUUUCAUUAAUGAAAAGAGCAACAGGCCUCUGAUUACAAUUCCAAAGUAAUAUGUUAAUUAUACUCAGCCAGAAAAAGGACGUGUCCCCUGGAGGCACACUACAUGGCUCCUGUUGGGAAAAUUUGGUGUAAUAAACACCAAAGUACUAGCCUAGUAUUACAGAGAAGAAAAUGAUGUAAUUUCUAAUAGCAGAAUAGUUAAUGAAACUAGUUCCUGUAACAUGUUUAUUUAAAAGCUUAGCCUGCCUUAAAACUCUAGAUACCAACUUUCUCAGUUGCAGAAGCUUCUAGCCUUUUUAAAAAAGUUCUUACUUUAUAAAAAUUGCACAGUAAGCAUUUAUUUUCCAGAUUUUUUCCCCCAGCAUUUUCCCAAAUUAUAGACUAUUCAUAUGUUUAGUAUUUAUUACAAUAAAAAAAGGGUUUGAAAUACAGCUGUUCUUAAUGCAUAUAAUACCCAGCUAGGUCAGUUAACUGCCAGAGGAAAGAAAAACUGUACUGAAUGGCCAUUUCUCUACCUAAAAGAUGUCUCAAUCUAAAUUUAUUUGGCUACACUAACAAAUGCAGUGUAUUCAGUUUUCCAUUUGCAUGACAUGUGUUUGUGCUAUAGAUGAUAUUUUAAAUCGAAAAAUUUGUUUUAAAUUAUUUUUACAGUGAAGACUGUUUUCAGCUCUUUUUAUAUUGUACAUAGUCUUUUAUGUAAUCUACUGGCAUACGUUUUGUAGACUGUUUAAUGACUGGAUAUCUUCUUCCAACUUUUGAAAUACAAAACCAGUGUUUUAUACUUGUACACUGUUUUAAAGUCUAUUAAAACUGUCAUUUGACUCUUUUCUGUUAACUUAA